AUGCGUCACGCGACGCGAAACUGCGGGGCCCUUGUGUCGACGGCAAGACACCAGACGCGCCGUGUUGGAGUACACUCGUUAGUUGGCAGAUCGGGGACAAUGACUUUCGGAGGGUGUCGCCAAUUACACCUGCUCUCAAAUGGUGCAUUCGAGCAGAAUACCCCCCUUGGGUGGCGGUUAUCGACCUCAACGACAUUAUUCAGACCCAAUGUUGGAGCUCUUGGGCAGCUUGGACAGACUCAAACUCGCUUCUUCAAAAAAGCGAACUACAUCGAGAGAAUUGGCGAUAAUGAAAGGACCGAAGACGUCCUUGAGGCACUCGAGGUCAGGGAUGAUGAGCCGGACACAAGACCUUCACCGAAAGUACUAGGCGCCAAUGGAGAGAAGCCAUCUACUGAGCACCAGGAUGCCAAAUGGUCCGAAGACAUGACCAAGGGGAAAAUGCUAACGACCCCAUCCCGACUUUUCAAAAUGAUCAUCCCUUUAACCACCGUCAGUACACGCGGCGACAAAGGAAUUGAACCAAUCGCCAUACUCAUCCAUCCGCAUCAACCACUCUCUUACCUCGAGCGCCUCAUUCAAUCCGAAAUCCCCCCAAUCGAAGGUGAAAGAGAAAAACUCCGCCCACCGGCCAUCUCAUUCAUCGCCUUACAACACGAAGAUAACGCAAUCAAGCCUCGCAAGCGCAUUGAAGAUGAUCUGAGCGAUACAAAAGGCGAGAAUUCAGACGGAAACAACAAGAAGCCCAUCAAACGCCGCCGGUCCCGUGAUGAAGAUGCAGAGACCUACAGCUACCCCCGCAAGACUGACUCCAGCCUCGACUCUCUAAACGGGCAACCCGAGCGAUUCGUCAGAUGGUCUCAGGCUACCGAAGUGGGUGAUUUCAUCCGCGACGCUUCCCGCGCACGAGAGUUCAUCGUUACAAUCGAGGGCGCGCCUGAGGGACUAGGUCAGAUCCGGGUAACUGUACCCUCAUUCCACGAACGGACGUAUUUCCUGCGUCUCCGACUGCGGAAACUAUCUCGCCGAAUCCAAGGGAUCGCAGAUAUAAAGCAUACGUGUGACGAGCUCGCGCACCGCGGGGCGCAGCGCGUCGCGAUGGGUGGAUUCGGUAUUCUCGCUGUUUGGUGGUAUAGUGUAUACAAGUUGACCUUUGAGACGGAUCUGGGGUGGGAUACCAUGGAGCCCGUUACAUACUUGGUCAGUUUGUCCACGCUGAUGGGAGGCUAUUUGUGGUUUUUGUACCACAAUCGGGAGAUCUCCUAUAAGUCUGCAUUGGACUUUACUGUCAGUGCGAGGCAGAAGAAGCUGUAUCAGUUGCAUAAUGUGGACUUGCAGCUUUGGGAAAAUUUGAUUGACGAGGGCAAGUCUCUUAGGAGGGAGAUUAAGAGUAUUGCGGCGGAGUAUGAUGCUGAGUGGAAUGAGAGGGCGGAUGAGCAGGAUGAGAGAGUCACGGAGGCGUUGAGAUCCAGGAAGGAGGAGAAGGAGGACAAGAAGAAGGACAAGAAGGAUAAGGAUGAUGAAGAUGAAGAUGAUUGA